UUUCAUUGCUCUUGGAAGUUCUAUUGAAAGUGAAAAUGCGUUCCGCGAUUCUAUUUGGCUUGAUUGCCUGUCUGGCCUUCAGCCUGGUGCUGGCCUUUGAGGAGUCCCCCGUCCAGUCCAACGACCUGUCCGCCGUGGAGGAGGGCAUCGGCCAGGCCGUGGAGUCCGAGGUGCGCGCCAAGCGUCAGUAUUACGGCGGAUUCGGUCGCCGAGGAUAUGGUGGAUACGGUGGAUAUGGUGGAUAUGGUGGAUACGGUGGAUAUGGUGGAUAUCCCUUCUACCCACGUCCCUACUAUGGAGGCUAUGGAGGGUUUGGACGUCCCCCUUUCUUCGGAGGUGGCUUUUACGGCUAAAACCACGGCUAAUCUGUUGCCACCAACAACCGCAGACUGAUGACCAUGAAAGAUUUUACUACCACCUUUAUGAUACAUCGACGAGAAUAUUAUUAUUAAUAUCAUAUCGAUAUAAUUGUGCUAAAAUAAAUAAACAAUA